AUGCUCGGGGGUCCCGGCCUGGACGCGCCCCCGACGGAGGGGCGCCUGCCCCGGGACCAGGACGCGGCGCGGCCGGCGCGCAGGAGCGCGGUGGAGAGACUGGCGGCUGACCGCGCCAAGUACGUGCGGGCUCGGCCGGAGGCAGCCUGGGGCCCGGCUUCCGAGGGCAGUAGCCCCGGGACGGGCGAAGGGCAGGCAGGCGACCCUCGGCCCCCGGCUCGCGCCCCUGGUACCGUGGCGCGCAGGGCAAUAGCGCGGAAGCCGCUGAGGCCAGACUCGCUAGUCAUCUACCGGCAGAAGUGCGAGUUUGUGCGCGGGCCGGGCGCCGACAGCUUCAGAGGUAGGGUGCGGAAGCUCUUCCCGGGGCCCGGCAAGGACAAGACGCCAACGCUUCCCGAGACGUCCCCGGCGGGAGAAGAGGGCAGGGCCAGGGGCCAGGAGGUGGCGCCAACCAAGCCUGGCCCCGCCGCUGCACCGGUGUCCCCCGCGCGCCCCAGCGCCCCAGCUGCUCCACCGGCGCCCCCAGCGCGGCCCACAGCCCUGGCUGCGCCCCGGAGUCCGGAGCCACCAGUGACCAGGCGCAGGGGCCUGCAGCGCUCACAGUCAGACCUCAGCUCCCGCUACUCCACUUCCGCGGCCGAAUUCGACACUUUCUUCCAGUUCUGCGGCCUGGAGCCCGACGUGGUGGAGGCUCUCGGGAGGGAGAACUUCUCCGCGGGGUCAGACCAUGUCGCCAUCAAGGUCCGCAGCGUGAGCGUUGCCACCUCCGAGAGCGGCUUCUCCCGGCACAGCGACGAGGGGCUGCAGGAGGAGGAGCUGACGGAGCAGGUGCCCAGCACCACCUCGGUCAUAGAGAGGAACGCCCGCAUCAUCAAGUGGCUGUACACCUGUAAGAAGGCCAAGGAGACUCCGGGGCCGCGGCUGCAGGGCCCUGCGCGACCGCUGCGCCCCGAGGCUGGAACCCAAGGGAGCAAGCCGUCCUGACCGGCUGCAAAUAGCCUGGAAGCGGGUCCCGGAUGACUGGGGACCCCG